CCUUCUAGCUGAACGGGAAAAUGUACAGAAAAGAACGUUCACGCGGUGGAUGAACCUUCAUCUGGAAAAGUGCACCCCACCGCUGGAAGUCAAGGAUUUGUUUGUGGAUAUUCAAGACGGUAAAAUCCUGAUGGCCCUCUUGGAGGUUCUGACGGGGCAGAGCUUGCUCCAUGAAUACAAAUCGUCAUCUCAUCGCAUAUUCCGGCUGAAUAACAUCGCCAAAUCGCUCAAGUUUCUGGAAGACAGCAAUGUGAAGUUGGUCAGUAUAGAUGCCGCCGAAAUCGCUGAUGGAAACCCCUCGUUGGUUCUCGGUUUGAUCUGGAACAUCAUCCUCUUCCUGCAGAUUAAAGAACUCACAGGAAACCUGAACAGAAUGUCGUCGUCUUCCAGUCUAUCCUCCCUGCCUGGCGGGAACGAGUCCGACGCGUCUCAUCCCAGCGCGGAGAAAAGUCUGUCCGUUUCAAUUAAGGAUCAGCGGAAGGCCAUCAAAGCUUUGCUCAGCUGGGUUCAGCAGAGGACAAGAAAGUACGGAGUGGCGGUUCAGGAUUUUGCUGGUAGUUGGAGAAGUGGAAUCGCCUUCUUGGCCAUUAUUAAAGCCAUAGACUCCAGCCUUGUGGACAUCAAGAAGGCACUGGAGAGAUCGCCCAGGGAGAACUUGGAAGACGCCUUUACUAUUGCACAGCAGAGUCUCAACAUCCCUCGGCUUUUGGAACCAGAGGAUGUGAUGGUGGAUUCACCAGAUGAACACUCCAUAAUGACGUACGUCACACAGUUCCUGGAGCAUUUUCCAGAACUUGACCCGGAUGACUUCACAGGUCACACCGAAGAUGCUCCGGUGGAAAUGACGUACGUGCGAUACAAAGAUGGUCCUAGGGAAGAAGAAGGCAAGAUUAUUACUUUACCCAAAAAUGAGGAGAAUGAGUUUACGGUGGAACUCCAGACAAGGCCUCUUACACCUCCGGAGACGCACGUCUAUACAGAAGUUAAUGUUGCAGAUGACAGAAGGUCGAGUUCCAUGAACAGUUUGAGCAGACCACAUCAACUCCUAGCAGAAGCUAAUCAGGGCUCAGUACUGAAGAUGGUUGGGUUUACGUUUGACAAGUUUUCACGUCGGCCUGAAAUGUCUUCAUUGAAUUCUGAUGUAUCUGGGGAAAUCUCUGCUAAUGGAUCAAAUAAAAUCCUAAAUAUUGAAAGUCAAAUGGAAACAGUUUUACUUCCUAAUGGACAAGGAGACCUUCACCACAACUUAUUAGAUCAAAUUUCACCCAAAUCAACGUCAGGUGGACCCAUUUAUCAGGAGCCAACGUAUAUAUUUAGUGAUAACUACAACAGAUAUUGUGACUCUUCUUCAUCGUUUUCUUCAAUUUCUGAACCUAAUGACCUCUUUUAUCAUUCUGAGGACUCUCAAGAUUCCAUAAAGCCAUCACCGAUGUCUGAUGAUAGUGGAUUAGUGACACCACAUGACCAUAAUGAAGAAGAUGACCCCUUCAAGUAUGUCCUACAUAAGCCCAGAGGUCAUUUAGAAGGUGACCACUCCAGACAGUUGACCGUCUUCCAAGCAUACAGAUCAAGCACAGAAGAUAAGUUUAAUUCAAGAAAUCAUCUGGAUUCUGUUGAAGACCCACAAGAGGGAACUUACCCAAUGGAUGAUAAGAGCGCUGCUAAAAUUUCCAUAAUCCCUCAUGACUUAUUUUAUUAUCCCCAUUAUAGUGUUCCCAUUGCAGAUGUCUUGCAAGCCUUUGCUGACCCCUGUAAAGAUAGUAUUGUUGAUGUCAGUACAGACUUUGAUGAUUCAUCUGAAGGCCACUCAGGGGACAGCGAAUUAUUCAGUGAUGACGAACUGGAUGGAGAGAAGAUAGAAAAAAUGACUUUGACACCAGAAUCUGAAGACUGGGAGUUAAGUUUGAAGGACUAUGUGCAAGACGUGAGAUACACAAAGACUGGCUCACCAUCUCAAUCGGUAGGAUCAAUAUUGAAUGGAUCAGUGUCUCAAGCAGUCUAUGACCUACAGCCCAACAAUUUUGCUUUUCGCUCUGACCAUCAUGAAACUUCUCAGGUUUUUGAACACACCGAAGAUCCUGAUGAUGACUGGGAUGAAGCUCCAAGUAGAGGGAGAAUCUAUGCUAGGAAGUCAGAUUCGGAUGAAGAAUUCUAUCUCAUGGAGGAUCGGACUUCCAGACUUGCUGCAGAAAUCGGGCCAGUCUUCAGGAUCCGUGGCAUUCAAGAGAGCUACAGAACGGCGCGCGCGCCCCGCAACAGAAGAGAGCGCAAAGUUCACAAACCUUUGAAUAACAAUAUUUUCAUGCGUAUUUGGCAGAAUCUGAUCACUUUGAGGGAGGAACACACAGAGGAUGAUAAAGACCAAAAUUCAGGACUGAGCAAAAACGAGUAUGGCGACACCCAAAGUGGGUCCCCGGGAUCUGGAGCUUUCAUGUCCGAUCAUGACCUGAGGAAGCUGUAUCCCAUCGGGAUCCUGCUGUGGUUUAUUUGCUACUGCAUCUUCAUCCUCCCGGAGUUGGAUAUGGACAAAGUUGAAUUCUUAGUGAAGGACGAAUAA